ACACUUACAAAUUUUAUUGCGAAUUCUUGACAAUUGUGAAAUAUUUAAGUAAAGUUUGCAAAUAAAUAAAAAAAGAAAUGCCUAAGGAGGACUGCAAAUAUUGGGAUAAAUGUUAUCAGAAAAAUCCCACACACUUGGACAAAUAUAAUCAUCCAAAAAAAGAAGAAAAGACUGAAGGAGCUGGGAAAGAAUCGCCUGAAAAAAUUACAACAAAAGCCCCACCAAAACGUAGAUCCUCAGAAAUGGAGAAGCCUGCUACAUCUGUAGUAGCACCCAAAGAGGAUGACGGUAAAGCAAAAUAUGAAACAGAAGACUUGAAAAAAGAGGCCAUGGCCAAUAUAAGUGGUAAAGAUUGGAUGGCUAUGUUGCAGAAACGUAUUAAAUUUUCGGAGCAGCAAGAAUACGACAAUUUGCUAAAAACCAAUGAAUUUAUACGUCACAAAUUUCUGGUAGAAAUGCCACCAGAUUUCUAUGCAUUUUGGAAAUUUUUGGAACAUUUUAAAAAUAACCUGAAGGGUGAGGAUUUGUUGUCUUAUGUGGAGAAAACAUUUCAAUUAAUGUUGGUGGGACCAUUUGAAUUUUUGGCGGGAAAGUUUAAUAAAGCGCAAUUGCACGAGCCGGGUGAUUAUCUACGACAUUGGCGUUUUUUCUACGAUCCCCCAGAGUUUCAGACAUUAUUCGUAAGAAAAGCCACAGGCAUACACUACGGUUAUUGGCGUGAUGAUCCCCAUGAUAAGGAAACUUUGCUGGUGGCCCGUAAUGAUGCCUCUAAAAAUUGUGAAUUCGAAUUUGUGGCCGGCAAUGCAUUUGAUGCCUUUUUAAGCUACUUGGAAAAAGAUUUUCAAGGUACACCCUUCACAGCGGCUACUGUGAACAAUGUUAAAAAAUCUCAACAGAAAUUCAUAGAAACCAAUGAAGUAAAAUUGGAAUCCUUGGAGAAAUUGCAGAAGGCUCGCAGCAUGAAAGUAGUUUGUAAGUCUUUCCACCGUGCUGGCAUUGUGGUUCCCUUUGAAACAAAAACCCAAUUGGGUUACCGGCCCUUAAUGGAAAGUGAUGCCGAGUUAAAGAAAAUUUUGAAAUUAUUUGAUACGGCUGGUUGCUUAAAGGACGACAAAGAUGAUCCUGUUACCAAGGCUGUAAUGGAUAAACUGCAACCCAUUGCUACUGCUGCCACCAUAGCUGUAGAUGAAUGUGAUUUUGGCACUGCAUUGGAAUUGGGUAUCGAUUUAUUUUGCAGUGGAUAUACACAAUUGCAUUCGCUUAUACAUUCUUUGCUGGUACCGGCAUAUUCAUUGUUAAAACGGCCUCAAUUUAUAGCUAUAUCUAAGGCACAUUUAGAUAGCCGGGUAAAAGCGUUAAGUUUAAGCAUGUUUGAUUAUGAUAAGUGAAUUGUUGUAAGAAUAAAUUAAAACCGCACUGUAGUAUUUAAAAAAAAAAUUACCAAGCAUGAUUGAUUAUAAUAAAAAGUAUUUAAAAAAAU